CUGAAGAGGCUUGCAGAAGUUUAGUUACCUGUUUGGAUAGAAAAGGCUCAGGGUAUCUUGAUUUAGAUGAAAUACGAAAAAUGUGGAAAGAGAUCACUGCUUAUAGGAAUGUUUUUCGACAGUUUGAUAAAGAUAAAUCUAAUGUUGUUGAUGGUUAUGAAUUACAAACUAUGUUUAGUAAAAUAGGAUUUCCCAUCGAAAAAUCUUUGGUUACCUCAAUAUUACGACGAUAUGGAGGACGAACUGGAACAUUAUCACUAGAUACCUUUAUUAUUGUCAUCUGUAAACUAGUAUUUAUGUUCAGUAUUUUUCAAGAUCAUAAAAGUAAAACAAGACAAAAUUCUAAAGCUGAUAUAGCAGAGUUCACCAGAAGUGAGAUGAAGAAGACUUGUCAAAAGGAACUGACCUGUAAUAGGCUAUUAAACAGGCCAAGUGGUAGUUAUUCUCAAUUUUCAAAGGCAUGCACCGUCAUUUCCAAGCAUAUCACCAUCUUCAUCAUCAGCUUCCUUUCGUAA